AUGUCUGCUCAAUUGGAUGCUCCGAGCAUCAAGAUCGCCAUCGACCGUUGUGGUACUUUCACCGACUGUCUAGGCAUUGUUGAUGGUCGCGAUGAGGAAAUCGUCGUCAAACUGCUUUCGCAAGAUCCAGCCAACUACGCCGAUGCUCCGAUUGAGGGCAUUCGGCGUAUUCUGGAUAUCCGCAUGGGUACAACAGUUGCCACCAACGCCUUGCUCGAGCGCAUGGGAGAACAUCAUGCGCUCUUGAUCACAAAGGGCUUCAAAGAUGCCCUGUGUAUUGGAACUCAGUCUUGCCCAAAGCUGUUUGCGCUCAACAUCCAACGUCCUGAUGUUUUGUAUGAGGACGUUGUCGAGAUUGAUGAGCGUGUCACAAUUGAGGACUAUCAGCAGAAUCCCAUCCCAGACAAAGAGAGGCUGCAAAAGUCCUUGGAGUCAGAUAUCUCUUUGAAAAAGGGUGUUAGUGGGGAAGUGGUUCAUAUCUUGGAACCUCUUGACGAAGGAGGCACAAGACAAAAUCCUAAGCAGCUCUAUGAGAAGGGCUAUCGCUCAACUGCGGUCUGUUUGGUUCACUCAUACACAUUCCAAGACCAUGAACUUGCAAUUCAGAAGAUCGCAAAAGAAAUCGGGUUCACCCAAAUCUCCCUUUCCGGCCAACUGUUGCGUAUGAUUAAGAUGACAUCUCGCGGUGCUUCAGCUACUGCAGAUGCAUACUUGUCACCAGCCAUUCAACAUUAUAUUCAAGGCUUCCGCUCGGGAUUUAAGGACGGACUCAGCUCUGCCGAUACCUACUGCGAGUUUAUGAAGAGUGAUGGAGGGUUGGUAAAUUUUGAAAAUGAGGCACCCCAAUUAGACAUCAGCACAGUAGCCGCUGGUGGUGGUAGUAUUCUUUUCUGGCGACAUGGAUUGUUUGCCGUUGGCCCCGAGUCUGCAAGUGCUCACCCAGGACCAGCAUGUUACCGCAAGGGAGGCCCUCUAACUGUGACUGAUGCCAACCUUUUCCUUGAUUUCGGCCCGAACGAGAACGAAGCUCUCGAUGUCGAAAUCACCCGAAAGAAGUUCACGGAGCUUGCAGAUCAGAUCAAUUCUGAGGCCGGACAAAACAAAUCCCCAGAAGAGAUCGCGUUGGGUUUUAUCCAAGUAGCCAACGAGUCUAUGGCAAAGCCUAUUCGAGCUCUCACAGAGGCUCGUGGGUAUGAUACUUCCGCGCAUAACUUGGCCAGCUUUGGUGGUGCUGGAGGACAGCAUGCUUGUGCCAUUGCCUUUUCGUUGUCUAUUGAAACUGUCAUCAUCCAUCGAUUCUCGUCUAUUCUCUCCGCUUACGGCAUGGCUCUUGCAGACGUUGUUCACGAGCCCCAAGAGCCAGCAUCAGGAGUGCUGGACCAGACAGCUAUGAAAAGCGUCACUGAGGAUAUCACUGCGUUGAAGUCUAAACAUGAAAUCUACCUCAAUCUGCGAUACCAGGGUACCGACAACUUGCUGAUGGUGCUCGAUCCUGAACAUGGAGACUUCAUUUCUGAGUUUGUCAAAGAGCACGAGCGCGAGUUUUCUUUCACAUUCCCCGGUCGCAAUAUCCUUGUCGAAGACAUCCGAGUCCGAGGCGUUGGAAAGGCAACCUCUAUCACACCAGAGGCACCUCAAAAAGAACUCAAAUCAGUCACCAAACAGCCCGUUGGCUCAGAGAAGCAGGAUGAUUCAUCUUCUGUGUAUUUUGCUGGCGUAUGUCUUGACGGUCCUGCUAUGAUCAUUGACAAAACUCAAACUAUUGUUGUUGAGCCAAAUGCUACAGCUACAAUUUUAUCCCGGCAUGUGAUUUUGGAUGUUCAGUCUUCUAAGAAGCAGACUGCCAAUGCAACGGUCGUGGAUCCUAUCAGAUUGUCUAUCUUUGGUCAUCGCUUCAUGUCUGUUGCUGAUCAGAUGAGUCGGAUGUUUCAAAAGACUUCCGUUUCAACAAACAUUAAAGAGCGACUUGACUUCUCCUGUGCUGUGUUCUCUCCCAAUGAAAGAUUGGUUGCGAAUAGACCUCUGCAUAGCCUAUAA